UAAGUACAGCUGAACUGAUUAAAGUAUUUCCACGUAAGCAUACUCUUAUGUUUACUGCAGUAAUGAUGUGUGUGCGUCCUCCUGAUGUCAGGUGUUUGAGCUCAUAACCCAGUAAUUGAAGGAUUUUUGAUUUUGCAGCUUUAGCUGUUUCUAAACGAUAACAGAGGUUUUACGGAGGACGAGCGUCUCGCUGACUGGUGUCCUCCUCAGGUGUUGAUUAAGGGAUCCAUCAAAGUACAGUGGCGGCAUGUGUUUACUGUGGAGCUACAUAAGGAAGGUCCUCAGCAGGCUGUUGGAGUCCCUCUCAGAACAUGGCAGCCAAACACAUCCACGCAGUCCGGCGGGCCGGCCUCCUGCUGCGAGCCGCCCUGCUCCCCCUCCUGCUGCUCGGCCCCCAGCGGGGGGGCUCCGAGUCGGACGAGGCGGCCCCGACCGAGUGGGAGGUCUGGAAGAGCAGCCACGGCGUGAACUACGAGGACGCGGACGACAUGCAGAGGAGGUCCAUCUGGGAGGAGAACAGGCAGAUGAUAGAAGACAACAAUCAAGGGUUCUUCAUGGGGAGGAGGCCCUUCACCAUGGCCAUGAACAAGUACGGAGACCUGACGAGACAAGAGCUCCGGGUCUUGCAAGGCGCCAUGAUAGACUCCCAGUUCGUGAAGAGGGGGAAGACCGCCUCGAGCCGCAGGCUGCGCUACAACGCUAAGAAGUUGGGCGCUCACGUUGUGGACUACAGGCAGAUGGGUUACGUCACCGAGGUGAAAGACCAGGGCUUCUGUGGCUCGUGCUGGGCCUUCAGCACCACGGGAGCCAUCGAGGGCCAGAUUUACAAGAAGACGGGUCAGCUGGUGUCCCUGAGCGAACAGAACCUGGUGGACUGCUCCCGGUCCUACGGCACCUACGGCUGCAGCGGCGCCUGGAUGGCCAACGCCUACGACUACGUGGUCAGCAACGGGCUGCAGUCCGCCAACGCCUACCCGUACACCUCUGUGGACACGCAGCCCUGUUACUACGACGGCCGGCAGGCGGUGGCCCACAUCAAAGACUACCGCUUCAUACCCAAAGGAGACGAGCAGGCGCUGGCCGACGCCGUGGCGACCGUCGGCCCCAUCACCGUGGCCAUCGACGCCGAUCACUCCAGCUUCCUGUUCUACAGCUCAGGAAUCUACGACGAGCCGAACUGUAACCCGAACAACCUGAGCCACGCGGUGCUGCUGGUCGGCUACGGCUCCGAAGGAGGCCGAGACUUCUGGAUCAUCAAGAACAGCUGGGGCAGCAGCUGGGGCGAAGGAGGCUUCAUGCGAAUGGUCCGAGACGGAAGGAACAGCUGUGGCGUGGCGAGCUACGCCCUCUUCCCGGUUCUGUGAUUCACGCCCGGUUCCCUGCUGGACCUCCGUGUUCUCCGGUGGAGCUUCUCGUACCGACCAGAGAUUCUAUCAACCGUCCUGAGAAGUUAUGUUUAAACUAUUUAACCUCAAAAUUGAAACAUAACAGGUUUUCUUUUUUUUUUUUUACAAUUGAAAAAAAAUAAUCAUACUUAAUUUUCCCACUUUGUCUAUUUGUAAACCGGCUUUACCUGCAAAUGAGAUAUUGCCUCAUUUGCAUUCCUAAGCAUUCAUCUCAGGAAUAUUGAAAUUCCUGAAAAUGACUCUAUGUUAAUAAACUAAAUAAGUGUAAUGGUGAAAUAUCUUAGUUAAAUAAUUUACCCUCCUUUUAAGUGAGAUUAUGUAAAAGUGAAUUGAAAUAAAACCACAUUCUUCCACUUCACCACUUUCACAAAUGAAAAUGAAAUCAAAAAUUACUACAACCUCAAGUUGCAUUAUUAAGCUAAUCACUGCAACGUUUCACCACAUUAUAGCUGAUGCCCAUGAGAAUGUUAGCUAAAAUGCUAAGCUACAUGCCAUAACUUCAUGUUUAUUUGUUUUAUUAUUACUGUAUUUUUGUGAAACUCUGUGGAUUUAUUAUUAAAAAUAAAGUAUUUUGAGGGAAUUUGAAGGUGUUCUCAGACGUUUAUUGGGAAAUCUGAAAUUGUAAAAAUUCAAAUUAGUUUUUAUUAAAUUAAAUAUAGUCGUACUGUUUAAUGUGUUCAAGACAAACAGAAGGUUUCUCCUCCAAUUAUAAACAAUAUUUUAUCAGUUGCUAACUGGCUUGACUGAUGUGUAAUAAAGUGAUAAUAAAGUAAUUCUUAAUCUCAGUCUUUA